AUGAACUUGAUAGAUGCAAAUUCUUUAGAAGAGACUCAAACUCUCUCAAGGAGGAAGUCGUUUCACUUGCCGCAGAUCGGAAAGCUAAGUCAAAGUAAGUCAACCAAGCGGAAAAAUUCUGCAGGAGCUGUCGACUCCUGCAAACACAGAGAUAAGUCCUUAGAAGAGGCUAAAGAGAUACUCAAGUUACCUGAACAAGUGGAUAGAAGGAAUCUACAAUCUGCCCAAGAUUUAGGGGUUCCAAAAUUUCUUGUUAAUAAAUGGCUUAAUGUACAAAAUCAGAAAUCGAAAUUCGUCCAGAAGUCAUGCCAAAUAGAUAACGCUGCUGAUGUCUCAGAAUAUUCUGUCACCAGUAAGACUAGCAAGAAUACUACGGCUCUUGAUAAUUACAGGAAAGAGUCUUGUUUUAACACGAGCGAGAAAAGUAUUAAUUGCCCAAAUCUUUUGUCUCCAUCGAGGCAAGCUCAGAAAUCAUUUUAUUUCUUGAAGAAGGAAGCUGAAGAUGCAAAACAUCUCACGUUGAACUCAUCCUCCUCAGACAGUGGAGACACUAGGGAAAAAAUUGAAAAUAUUUAUACGAAUGUAAUCACUCCUUCAGGGAAGGAAAAGAAAGAGGCAGAUGAGCAGGUAAAAAUUACCGCUGAGAAGCAAGAAACUCUUGAUGUUCUACCUCCUGAGAAAACUCCCAUGAAAAUUCAUAAAAAGAUCUUUCAGCUUGAAUUUUCAAGCGGAAGUCAGCCUCAUCAGAAAUUUUCACCACGAAAUGCCAAUCAGAUUCAUGAGAAGCCUAAAAAGUUGACUUAUGGAAUACUAAAGGAAAAGAAGAAGGUUCGGUCUUUGCCUUUAGAUGAACUUGUUGGGACUUCCAAGCCGAUUCUUCCCAUUUCAAAGAGCAAGUUCAAGCCCAAUGCUAAGGACAGGUGUAAGAAUGACAGUCUGUUACCCAGUGGGUCUUUUAAAGCUUCUGCGCUUUUUGGAGAAGAGAUUAAUGCUACCAAGACGCCUAAAAUCAAUCAGAGAUAUCUCAAUUAUCCUUUGCUUAAGAGCCCAGCAAAUUAUCAGUCAAUAAAGAGAAAGGCUCAGUUAGAACUAAAGCCGAAGAAAAAUAAGAUAUUCAGUCCAGUGAUUACCUGUAUGAAGAAGAGAAACUUGCUUGUUCCAAUUAAGCUAAAGUAUCAAGCCAAGGAGUCUGAGGAGAAGAGCAACUGUGCAAAUUUUAAAGUUGCUUUCUUAACUCCUUUCGAUGAGAAGAAUAACAAAAAUCUCAAAGAUACAUUUACUAAGAAGAGUAGAAGAAGGGACCUUAGUUCUUACCGUCCAGACCCUUUCAAAGGCAAGCUGUUGCCAGCCCAAAUGCCUCAGCAGUCCCACAGGAAGAACUUGAUCAAUAAGGCUCAUGGAAGUGAUCAAGGAAUGAAAACAGUGUCAUCUCCAAAGGUAUUCAACCCAACUUGGAAGAACCAAUUUCAUCCAAGUUAUAAACUAAAAAAAACCUCUCACCACACCCCAAAGAAGAAGCUAAAUCUAGCCCAUUCAGAUAAAUUCUCCUCUAGAGCCUUACCUAGUGAAGCUCUUCUUCUCAGGCACUAUUUUUCCGAAAUCUAGCUCUUCUUCUACCCUAAUCUCCCUCAAUUCUCCCUAAAAAUUCAUAAAAUUCCA